AUGGCUUUGAAUAGGUUUCCUGGGGGCAGUAUGAGGACCUGUCCCAUCUUCACCCUCGUCCUCUUUCACCUGCUUUCCUGCUGGGGACAGCUUCAGGAGCCUGAACCCUCACUCUUUCAGUUCACACGCUCUGUCUACAAUGCCAGCAUUUAUGAGAACUCUGCAGCUCGGUCCUACGUUAGAAGCGAGGUCAAAAUGGGCAUCGUUCUGCCACAGUCCAGCUCAUGGGACAUUAAAUACUUCAUCGAAUCGGGGGAUGAUGAGGGCUUGUUCCAGGCAGAGGAGUAUGUUCUGGGAGACUUCUGUUUUCUGCGCAUACGGACUAACGGUGGAAGCUCUGCUAUUCUGAACCGCGAAGUACAGGACAAUUAUACGUUAAGUGUAAGAGCUUUGGAUAGAGAUGGUCAGGAGGCUUCUAGUAGAGUCAGUGUGCAGAUUAUGGACAUGAAUGACCUUCGUCCUUUAUUCUCCCCCACCACCUAUACCAUUACUGUACCUGAAAGCACCCCACUGGGAGCCAGUGUGGCCCAGGUCACUGCCACAGAUGCCGACAUAGGCUCCAAUGGUGAAUUUUAUUAUUUUUUCAGGAAAGUCGUGGAGCACUUUGCCGUCCAUCCCACCAGCGGGGUUAUAUCUCUCACAGCCAAACCAAACGCAGAUGAGAUUAAAAGGUUUGACCUUGAGGUGUUAGCGGUUGAUCGUGGAACAAAGGUUUACGGAAACAAUGGUGUGAUCAGCACAGCCAAACUAAUGAUCAGCAUCAUACGUGUUAAUGAAUAUUCACCCACACUGAACGCAAUCGCACUUGUCCCCUCGUUAUCGGACAAAGAGCCGGUCUUUGCCGUGGUGACGGUGGAGGAUCUGGACGAAGGGCCGAACGGGGAAAUCGAAUGGGUUGCAAUCAUUGCCGGUGACCCACUGGAACAGUUUGUUCUUGACAGAGCAGCACUUGGCAAUGAGUAUAGAUUAAAAACGUCCGAGCCCGUCGACUGGAAUACGUUUCCGUACGGCUGCAAUCUCACCUUCCAAGCUAAAGAUAGAGGCAAACCUCCCAAAUUCUCCAAUACUCAGGUUCUCCAGCUCUUGGUUAAAAAGCCACCGUCUGUGCUGGCAAAAUUUGAGAAAGACAUUUACAGGGCUACAAUUAGUGAGAUUGCUCCUCCUGGGACCAUCAUACAGACUGUUGGAAUCUCUCCCAAGCCACGAUCUGUCAGCUAUGGCCUAAGUCUCACCUCAGACUCCUUUUAUUUCAGUAUUAACACUUUUACUGGUGCAAUCUCGACUGCAAGGCAGCUUACCAUGCUGGGUCAGCAGCUUUUUGAGCUUGAGGUGACAGAAGCUAUGAGUGGCCUGAGAGCCAAGGUGCUGAUCAGCGUGGAGGAUGCUAACGAUAAUAUCCCCACUUUUACUCAAGCCUCCUAUGAAGUGUUUGUCAAUGAGAGCGCGCCGGUUGGUACUGUGAUCCUCAUCGUUUCAGCCGUGGAUGAUGACAGAGGGGAGAAUGGAUGCAUAACGUAUAGUAUAGCAAGCCUCCAGGCUCUGCCUUUCACAAUCGACCAAAAUACAGGCGAACUGAAGACAACUAAAGAGCUGGAUUUCGAGUCUUUUUUAGAGACGUAUGUUUUUCCUGUCCGGGCCUCUGACUGGGGCUUACCUUACAGGCGAGAAAACGAAGUAAACGUCACAGUGCGGAUUCUGAACGUUAAUGACAACCCGCCCCUUUUCGAACGCGUGUCCUGUAAAGGUAUGAUCGCUCGAGAUUUCUCUGUAGGGCAGACAAUCAUUACAAUGUCUGCCAUUGACAUAGAUGAGCUUGGCUUGGUGAAAUACCAGAUAUUGUCUGGAAACGAACAAGACCUCUUCAGCCUUAACCCCGAUUCUGGGAUGCUCUCACUGAGGAGGUCUCUUGUUGGAGCUAAUGUGAAAAAUGGAGUGUUCAGCUUGAAGAUAGCAGCAACAGAUGGAGAGAUUCUCUCAGAGCCCACCUUUGUCAACGUAUCAGUUGUGAGAGGGAGAAUGCCGUCAAAGAGUUUCAACUGUAAAGACACGAAAGUGGCGCAAAAGCUAGCUGAAAAACUUCUCAAAAAAGCCAACGCUAUGGGAAAAUCAAAAGUUGAAGAAAUCUACACGGAUCUGUAUUCCGUCAACCGGCAGACUCCUCAGUUUGAAGCAUUUCCCUCUGAUAUAGUAGUACGUGAGGAUUUGCCUGUCGGGUCAACUGUCAUUAAAGUGAACACCAAUGAUGGGGACACGGGCUUCAAUGGUCGCAUUCUUCAUGUUAUAUCGGAUGGAAAUACUGACAGCUGCUUCAACAUUGAUAUGGAAAGUGGGGUUAUAUAUAUCUAUCGACCUCUGGAUCGUGAAAGAUCAGACCGAUACCUUCUUAAUGUAACCAUAUAUGAUAUGGGUCUAUCACAGAGGUCCAACUGGAGGCUAUUAACUGUAAACGUUGAUGAUGUGAAUGAUAAUAGUCCUCAGUUCUCCCUGGAGAGCUACACCGUGGUGGUGCCAGAGAACACAGCCAUCGGCACCGAGGUGAUCGAGAUCACGGCCUCAGAUCUUGACCUGGGUCAGAAUGGUGAAAUCUCCUAUUCUUUAAUUACAAGCACCCCUUUUUUUGGCAUUAACAGCGCCACCGGAUGGGUCUAUGUCUCUGGCCAGCUGGACAGAGAAUCGAUGCCAGAUAUUACUCUGAAAAUCGAAGCCAGAGACAAAGCAGAGAGAGGGAAUCAAAAGUUCUCAGUGACAACUCUAAAGAUCUACCUGGGGGACGUGAAUGACUGUCCUCCAAUGUUUAUUCCCAAGAGUUACAGCUGCCGUGUUCUGGAGGACCUUCCUGCAGGAACUGUGAUCACCUGGCUGCAAACCCAGGACCCUGACUUUGGCUCUGGGGGGAGAGUGAAGUAUUAUCUGGCUGAAGACUUCAAUGGGACGUUUGUGGUUAAUGUGGAGAGUGGAGCUGUCAAGGUGGCCAAGGAACUGGACUUUGAGAAGCAACAGUUCUACAAUCUGUCUGUAGUUGCGGAGGAUUGUGGUCUACCCGUUCAGCUCCGCUCCUCCUCUUACGUGGAGGUGGAGGUGGUUGACGUGAACGAGAACCUAAACGAGCCCUACUUCUCCGAAUUUGCGGUGAAAGCCACCAUUAAGGAGAACUCCCGCCUUGGAACAAGUGUGGUUCAAGUCACUGCUAAGGAUGACGACAAGGGCAGGGAUGAUGUAAUAAGAUACUCUAUCAAGGCGGGAAGUGGUCUUGGCAGGUUCUCCAUUGACGAGGAGACUGGAGUCGUCUACACCACCAGUGUUCUGGACCGUGAGAAGCAGGACUCCUACUGGCUAACUGUGUACGCCACUGACCGAGGGGUGGUGCCUCUCUCUGCCUCUGUUGAAGUGUUUGUCCAGGUGGAAGAUGUCAACGAUAAUGCCCCGUUGACCUCAGACCCUGUCUAUCACCCCUUCGUCAUGGAGAACUCGCCCAAAGAUGUUUCUGUGGUCCGCGUCCAGGCCCAGGACCCUGACGUCACUUCCUCUGCCAACCGGCUCACUUACCGCAUCACGGCUGGAAACCCACAGAACUUCUUCACUAUCAAUUCCAAAACAGGACUCAUCACCACAACGUCAAGAAAACUGGACAGAGAGCAGCAGGCCGAGCACUUUUUAGAGGUGACGGUUACGGACGGCAGUGAUGCGUCCAGGCAGUCCACAGUCUGGGUGAUAGUGCACAUUCAAGAUGAAAAUGACAACAAACCUGAAUUCCCUGAGACAGUUUACCGCAUCAGCCUACCAGAGAGGGACAGGAACAAGCGCGGAGACCCUGUCUACAGAGUCUUUGCCUACGACCGGGACGAGGGGCCCAACGCAGAGCUAACCUACAGCAUAGUGGAGGGCAACGACGAUGGCAAGUUCUUCAUUGACACCAAGACUGCCAUGGUUUUCUCGAGGAAGAUGGUCACAGCAGGAGGCUACGACAUCCUUACGAUAAAAGCCACGGACAACGGGAGCCCUCAGAAGUGGUCGACAGCACGGCUGCAUAUCGAGUGGAUACGGAAGCCACUGCCCUCGCUACAGGCCUUGCGCUUCAGUGCGCCGAGCUUUAACUUCACAGUGUCAGAGAGCGCUAAAGUGUCUGAAAGUGUGGGAGUCGUCUCUGUCCGGCAAACAGAAACACCACUCUGGUUUGAUAUCACUGGUGGAAGGACAACACAAGAGACAUUCUACAUUCCUCAGAGCUUCUGUACUAGAAACUAUACAACCAACACAGGAAACUAUGAUGGACCUUUUGACAUCCACAGAGGGAUGGGGACUGUAGUGUUGGCAAGGCCUCUCGAUGCAGAGACUCAGUCUCUCUACAACAUGACCGUCCAGGUGACUGAUGGGACAAAUACAGCAACUACACAGGUUUAUAUCAGGGUUUUGGACAGCAAUGACAACGCUCCUGUGUUCUCCCAGCCCAUGUAUGAAGUCUCCAUUUCAGAGGACACACCAGCGGACACGGAGAUUCUGCGCAUCAAAGCCACGGAUGGAGAUGAACGCGCCAAGCUCAGCUUCUCUAUCCAUGGCAGCGUCGAUCCGGCCAGCAUGCGCAUGUUCCGGAUCAAUCCGGGCACUGGUGUCAUGUACACGGCCGAUCGUUUGGACUACGAGGCACGCACCCAACAUAUCCUCACUAUUAUGGUGAAAGACCAGGAGUUUCCAUAUUACAGAGACCUGGCUCGAAUCAUAGUGAAUGUGGAAGAUUCCAAUGAUCAGAGUCCUUUUUUCACACGUGUAGUAUAUGAUGGGGUGGUGCCUGAAUCAGCUCUUCCUGGAACACCUGUUGUACAGGUCACAGCCUUGGAUAGAGACACAGGCAGGAAUGGGGAGCUGAUAUACACAAUUGAAGCAGGCAACACUGGAGGGGCAUUUGGAAUUGAUUCGCUGUCUGGCAUCAUUUCAGUGGUCAGAGAGCUAGACCUCACAUCUGUUGGGUAUUACAUCCUCACCGUGCGUGCCACAGAUGGGGGCACUCCAGCGCUAAGUGCCACAGCUACUGCCAGGAUCACCGUCUCACUCUCAGACUUCUCCAGCCCUAAGUUCACCCAGAUGGAGUACCAGGCUGAGAUCACUGAGAACGUGCCUAUAGGAACGUUUGUCACCAAUAUCAGUGCCGUAAGCCGUUCAGCACUCAUUUAUGAAAUCUCACAAGGGAAUAUUGAGAGAAAAUUUAGAAUAAACUGCUUUACAGGCGUAAUCACGACUCAGAAGUCUUUAGAUUUUGAGGCCACCGCAUCCUACGUGCUGGUCAUCCAGGCAGUCAACAUGGCAGGGAUUGUUUCCAGUGCCACAGUCAACAUCCAGGUGGUAGAUGAGAAUGAUAAUCCGCCAGGUUUUAAACAGCUGCGCUACUCUGGGAGCAUUAGUGAGGCAGCCCCCGUCAACACCGUGGUUUUAGGUGAAGACGGAAGUCCCCUGGUGAUCCAAGCCAUUGAUGCUGAUAGGAACCAAAAUGCCUUAUUGGUUUUCGAGAUUGUGGAAGAUAUGGCUAAGUUGUUCUUCACUGUGGACUCAGGUACUGGAUCAGUCAGGACCAUUGCCACCUUGGACUAUGAGACCUUUAGUGGGUUUUACUUCCGUGUCAAUGUGAGGGACAGCGGUACGCCACAGUUGACUGCAGCAAGUCCAGCUGAAGUUGUAGUCAAGGUAGUGAACAUCAACGACUCUCCUCCUAAGUUCUCACAGGAUGCCUAUGAUGCUGUCUUAAUGCUUCCUACUUAUGUCGGUGUAGAGGCUUUGAGAGUGGAAGCAUCAGACCCUGACAUGACCUUGAGUAGUGUUCUGACUUAUUCUUUGGCUGACAACAACUUGGAGCUCUUUGCCAUUGAGCCCACUUCUGGCAUCCUCACAGUCAAAAACAACAAACUGUCCCAAGACCGCUACCGCUUUAACGUAAAGGUGUCAGAUGGACGUUACUCCAGCACAGCUCUUGUGACAGUGCUAGUCCGGGAAGCUAUGGACAGUGGUCUUCUUUUCAGUCAGCCCUCAUACUCCUCUUCAGUGCUGGAGAACACUUCAAACAUAUCCACAGUGACGGUGGUCAACGCUAUUGGGAACCGUCUAAAUGAGCCACUUAAGUAUACGCUGCUAAACGCAGGGACUCGCUUUACUAUCCGACCUACAUCUGGGGUCAUAAAGACCACAGGAGUCCCAUUUGAUCGUGAGGAACAGGAGUUUUAUGAGCUGGUCGUGGAGGUGUCCCGGGAGUAUGACCGACUGAGGGUGGCUAGAGUGACCGUACGAGUGCAGGUGGAGGACGUCAACGAUAACGCUCCUGAGUUUGUCGGCCUUCCAUACUAUGCUGCGGUGCAGGUGGAUGCCCAUCCGGGCUCAUCCAUAUUCCAGGUGUCGGCCACGGACCUGGACAGAGGGAUAAAUGGGAAGGUUUCCUAUGAGCUCAAAGAGGAGCACAGACAUUUUGAGAUAAAUCGUGUCACUGGUGAACUCACCCUAAAAAGAGCUUUUGUAGCAGACCUGUCCAAUGUUGAGUACCCGGUGGUCAUUCUCGCACGCGAUGCAGGCUACCCCUCCCUUUUCACUGCAGUGGAGCUCCCAGUCACAGUAGUUAACAAAGCCAUGCCUGUUUUCGACAAGCCCUUUUAUGGCAUUUCUGUUAGAGAGGACAUAGCUGUGUCCACCCCUAUUUUAAGCAUUAAUGCUACAAGUCCUGAAGGACAGAAUAUCAUCUACACCAUUGUGGAUGGGGAUUCCUCUCUUAAUUUUGACAUUGGUUUUGACAGCGGUGUGAUUAGCGUCAUUUACCCUUUAGACUAUGAGACUACCUCCUACUACAGGCUGACAGUCAGAUCCACAGACACGCUCACUGGAGCUAGAUCAGAAGUAGAUGUUGACAUUGUUGUUGUAGACAUUAAUGACAAUGCACCUGUGUUCGAGAAAGCCUCAUAUUCGUCCAUGCUGGCUGAGAACUCGAUGAUUGGGACAGCAGUUGUACAGCUCUUGGCAACAGACAAGGACUCUGAAAAAAAUGGUGCUAUUCGCUAUCAGAUUCUUUCAGAUGCUUUUAACAGCACAGACUACUUCCAUAUUGACAGCAGCAGCGGUGUAGUCCUGACAGCCCGUCUUCUAGACUACGAACUUAUCCAGAGCUACAACUUCAUCGUCCGGGCAACAGACAGUGGCUCUCCGGCCCAGAGUAGCGAAGUCAUGGUUACUGUUUUGGUGAAUGACACGAAUGACAAUCCUCCAGCCUUCAACCAGCCACUCUACGAGGCUUUUAUCAGUGAACUGGCUCCCAGGGGACACUUUGUGACAUGCGUCCAAGCUUCUGAUGCAGAUAGCUCAGAUACUGACAGACUAAAGUACAACAUACUCUCUGGAGAUGACAGGAUGAACUUUGUCAUUGACUCUCAGACAGGAGUCAUUUCCUUGUCCAACCAACGCAGGCAAGGCAUAAGGCCGGCCUACAUCCUCAAUGUGUCCGUAUCGGACGGAGUGUUCACUAGUACAGCACAGGUGAACAUACGGAUCCUGGGGGCCAACCUCUACAGCCCUGUCUUUAGCCAGAGGUUUUACCUGGCUGAGGUGCGAGAAAAUGCACCUGCAGGAACCAAAGUCAUUCAGGUGCGGGCCACAGAUGAGGACUCUGGGCUUUUUGGUCAGAUCAUGUAUUCAUUCAUCAAUGACCUUGGGAAGACUCAGUUUAGCAUAGGAGCGGAUGGAGUGAUCACUACUGCUCAGAAGUUGGACCGAGAGAAUCCUGUGAACAGGGACAUUGUACUGACGGUGAUGGCUCUUGAUGGAGGUGGGAGGGCAUCCUUCUGCACUGUUAGAGUAAUGCUAAUAGACGAGAAUGAUAACGCUCCACGUUUCAGGGCUGUGGAGUACAGAGUUAGCAUCAAGGCUAACAUAGCUAUGGGCUCGCUGGUGACUCAGAUCCAAGCUCAGGACCCAGAUGCAGGAGAUAAUGGCAGGGUGAGUUACUCCCUGUACAGUGAGGCCCGACUUCCUCUAGUGGAUGUGUUAGAGAUUGAGCCCGAUAGUGGCUGGAUGGUCACAAAAGGAAGCAUGGCUCACUUAAGAGGAACCGUUCUCUCCUUCUUUGUUAAAGCCACAGAUGGAGGUGUACCUGCUAAACACUCGUUGGUGUCCGCCUUCAUCCAUGUCCUGCCACCAGAUGCCAACAUACCAACGUUCACUCAGCCCCAGUACUCCUUCACUGUUCCAGAGGAUACACCUGUUGGGACAGCUUUAGGUUCUGUGUACCUGGGUCCAGGUCAGACAGGAGCUUUUGCUGCAGUAAACGGUGAGACCAUGGCGAGCAACCAGGGCGGAACGUUUCUGGUGGAGAGAGAGACUGGUCUUCUCAGGCUUGUUAAUGCACUAGACUAUGAGCAAGUCAGCAUCUACCGCUUCAAAGUGUCUGCCACCAUGAGACAAGCUUUGGUUGAAUCCAUGUCUGUCGUGGAUGUGGAGGUGAAAGUGCUAGAUGUGAAUGACAACAAGCCAUCCUUUGAGACUAGCUCUUACGUAGCAAUGGUCAUGGAGGGCAUGCCGGUAGGAACGAGGGUUGUCCAGGUACGUGCUCUGGACCCAGACUGGGGCUCAAAUGGACAGGUCACCUACAGCCUUGGGCCAACCCUGAACCAGGAGAAGGACCAGACCUCUGGCAGAACCUCUGCCACAGGCUCCAUGUUUGCAAUUGAUAGCAAAACAGGAUGGAUUACCACUCUUGGUGACCUGGACCAUGAGGUGUGUCCAUCUUACACCUUCAGUGUGGUUGCAUCAGAUCUGGGAGAGCUAGUCUCUCUCUCUUCGACUGCUGUGGUUACUGUGGCCAUCGCCGAUGUCAACGACAACCCUCCCACUUUUGAGAGGGGAUACUACAGGGGUGCCGUGAGGGAGAGCGAUCCAAUCGGAGAAGUCGUGUCUGUACUCAGCACCCGAGACUGGGACACCUCCGAUCAGAAUAGGCUCGUCAGCUUUCAUAUUACAGGUGGGAACCCUAAGGGGGUGUUUGCAUUAGCUCCAGUGCAGGGAGAAUGGAAGGUGUUUGUGAAGCAGCCGCUGGACAGGGAGGAACAAGAUCGAUAUCUACUAAAUAUCACUGCCAGUGACGGUCUAUUUGUUUCCCGGGUGAUCGUGGAGGUCACUGUCAUGGAUGCCAACGACAACCGCCCCAUAUGUAACCAGGCCUUAUAUGAAGCCUCGUUUCCCGAGGAUAUCCUCAUCAACAGUGGCAUCCUGACUGUUGGGGCUGUAGACUUUGACUUAGGCUCCAACGCGGAGAUUCAGUAUUCCCUAUUCGGUAUAGGAGUUGAAGACUUCUACAUGGAUGCAAAUACUGGCGAGCUGAAGACAGCCUCUGUAAUGGACCGAGAGAAAACGCCAGGCUAUAAACUAAUAGCCCAGGCUACGGAUGGAGGCGGUCUGUUCUGUCGCUCUGAGAUAUCCCUCGCUGUUCUGGAUGUGAACGAUAACGCUCCAUCCUUCUUUUUCACUGAGUUUCUAGCCAGCGUGUUUGAGAGCGCUGCACCCAAAACCCUGCUAACUCGAUUGCAGGCCAGUGAUCCUGACGAGGGCCUGAACAGAAGCAUCCUGUACUCUUUGGUGGACUCGGCUGAUGACUUCUUCUCCAUUGACCCGUUUUCUGGAGUGGUGAUUCUAGAGAAGCCUCUGGAUCGUGAGCUCCAGGACUCGUACCGUCUGAGGGUCCAGGCUGCAGACCAGGCAGGGGCACCUGGCUCCCUCUCCACGCAGGUGGACCUAACUGUCAUGGUUCUGGACGUGAACGAUAACCCGCCGGUCUUCCAGAAGCAGGACUAUGCAGUUACAGUGCCCGAGGAUGUUGCCGUGGGAACAGAGGUGCUGAGGGUUUUUGCCACCAGUGAAGACAUCGGCGUCAAUGCUGAGAUCUACUAUAGUAUCACUACAGGCAACGAACUGGGCAAGUUCAUCAUCGAUGAGGCCACAGGCACCAUCGCUGUGGCUGACGAUUUGGACUAUGAGGUGUGCAAAGACUUCUUCCUCAAAGUUGAGGCCGUGGAUGGUGGAACACCGCCUCUUAAAACCUCCACCAUCGUAACUAUCGAAGUUAUGGACAUCAACGAUAACGCACCAUCCUUCAGCGAGGACAUUUACAACGUCCUGAUCAGUGAGGACGCUGCCAUCGGAGAAGCAGUCACCAGGCUGUUAGCAGAAGACCUUGACAGCCAAGUUAAUGGACGCAUCAGUUACUCCAUCCUGAGAGGGGACCGUGGAAACCAGUUCUGGAUUGAUCCCGUCACUGGACUUCUGAAGGUCAACAAAGCACUCGACCGAGAGACGGUCUCCAGCUACUCGUUGUCAGUCCAGGCAUUUGACAGUGGAUCACCUGCAAUGUCCACGACAGUAACUGUAAACAUUGAGAUUGCUGAUGUGAAUGACAAUGCACCAGUGUUCUCCCCAGCCAACGCCUCAGCGGUGAUUCAGCUGAACAAGCCCGCAGGGACCACCAUCCUGACGCUGUCUGUGUCCGAUAACGACUCCCCGCGAAAUGGAGGUCCUUUUGAGUUUCGCAUCGUGUCUGGAAACGAGGACAGCGCAUUUAGUCUGGACCAGAACGGCGAGCUGCGCUCCAACAGGGUGUUUGGGCCGGACGCUACGCGGGAGUACACGCUGGAGAUACAGGCUCGGGACUUAGGCAAGCCUCAGCUGUCAUCCUCCUCCUUCGUGUUCGUGCGUGUGAUUGGAGACAGCCUCUUCAAGCCUGUGGCCUUCCCUCUGGAGAUUAGCGUGGUGAUGGCUGCGGACGUCUUCCCCGGAGGCAUCAUUGGCAGGAUCUACGCCACUGACCGAGACGAGAAUGACGUGCUGUCCUUCACACAGCGUCCUCAGCCCAAGAGCCUGUUCAAGAUCAACCGGCAGGACGGCAAGAUUGUUGCCCUCAGCGGACUGGAGCCGGGCAGGUACUUCAUGAACGCGACGGUCAGCGACGGCCGCUUCUCGGUGACGGUGGGUGUGACGGUGCAGGUGGAGCAGGCCACGGAGGAGAUGGUGCAGAACGCGGUUACUCUGCGCUUUCAGGACCUCUCCCCGGAGGACUUUGUGGGCCUGUACCUCCAGGACGUGAAGAGAGCUCUGCAGACGGCACUGGGGGAAGCAGGGCUGGGUGCGGGUGGAGUGGCCCAGAGCCCGGACCCCCUGCACAUCCUAGGGGUGCAGCCGGUGGGGCGCUCCUCAGAUCUGGAAGUGCUUCUGGCAGUGGAGGCGCAGGACGGAGGCUAUGUGGGGCCGGGGGAGCUGGCGCUGAGGCUGGGGGAGGUGCGGGGGCAGAUGAGAGGAGCGCUCAAGAUGGUGGACGUGGUGGAUCAGAGCUGUUCAGGUGAGCUGGACUGUGGGGACAGGGUGUGCGAGCUCAGCCUGAGUCUGGAGCCCAACGGCCUGGUCACUUACAGCACGUCCAGAGUCAGCUUCGUCUCGCCACGCUUUGCUCGGACAGAGAGCUGCACCUGCCCAGGUGGAAUAUGUCCGUCCUCUUUAGAGCUGUGUGAAGGCCAGGCCUGUCCGGCUGACAUGCAGUGUGUGCGCAGUGGCCCAACAGCGCCCUCUGUCUGCCAGUGUCUGCCUGGCACACUGGACCAGUGCACAGGUCAAACGUCUCUGAGUUUUGCUGGAAAUAGCUAUAUUAAGUACAGAGUGACUGACAGCAGUAAGGGUCAGGACAUGAAGCUCAGCCUGAAGAUCAGAACCCUGCAGAGCAGAGGAGUCAUCAUGUACACCCGCGCUGACCCCUGUACCAUGCUGAAGAUCGAGGAGGGACGCCUGUGGUUCCAGCUGGACUGCGAUAACAGCCUGGACAUCUUGGGCAUAUCGGGUCGUCCCAUCAACGAUGGCUCCUGGCACGCAGUGACCCUUGAGCUGACCCGCAACUACACACUACUCUCUCUGGAUGAUAGCUACGUAGAGCGCCGGCGGGCCGCUCGGGCCCCCGUCCACCUCUGGCCGCUGGCCGCCGACGGCUCGCUGUUCUUCGGGGCGCAGGUGGUGCGUGGGCCGGCGUCGGCUGGAGGCGGGCAGGGACCCCCGCGUCCGCGGGACGGCUUCCAGGGCUGCCUGGGCGCGGCCGUGCUGAAUGGAAAUGAGCUCCCACUGCAGAACAAGAGGAGCCGCUACGCAGAGGUGGCCGCCCUCAGUGAGGUAAAGCUGGGCUGUGUGCUGUACCCUGACCCCUGCCUCGGAGCGCCCUGCCAGAACAGAGCCACAUGCGCCAGCAUGCCCUCUGGUGCGUUUUCCUGCGGCUGCCCCCCGCAGUACACCGGAGCCCGCUGUGAGACAGAGGUCACGUCCUGCGUUCCCACGCCCUGUCAGAACGGAGGAGACUGCAAAGCAGUGGGCAACACCUUCCUGUGCGGCUGCCCCAAAGGCUUCACUGGACUCAUAUGUGACGAGGAUGUGAAUGAGUGCGAGAGGGAGGAGUGUGAAAACGGUGGUGCGUGCGUUAACACGUUCGGCGCCUUCUACUGCAACUGCACAACUGGCUUUGAGGGCCAGUUCUGCGGGCAGCCGUCAUCCCGGGACAGCUCAGACCUGCAGGCGGAGGCGCUGUCCUACGUCGGGCCGGGGGAAAUCAUCGGCAUCGGGGUGCUGCUGUUCGUGGUGCUGGUGCUGCUCACUCUGCUGGCUGCUUUCCGCAAGAAGGUGCUGCGUAAGGACUGGGCCAGAGCUGAGGCCGUGGGCAUCUCCACAGAAACGGGCUACAAGGGCACCGAGGGCAUCGAGUUCAAAGCGGUGCGGGUCAGCAGCGCCGGUCUCUAUGGCAGCGACGGCACUGGAGGGCCCCCGCAGGUCAUGGUGCGCCCUACGGCCUACACUCUGCCCCGUUGCCAGGGAAACCCCGGAGAUAAAGCGGAAGGGACCGGGGUCCUGGCCACUUUGUCCUGUCCGCCCCAGUUGAGCACCUUCGGGACGGAUGGGUCGCACAUCCUAGGGGUCCCUCGGAGGGGCGUGGCGGUGUGCAGCGUGGCGCCAAAUCUGCCCUCAUCGUUGCCAGCCCGCCCUGCAGAUCGCAGCCCUAUUCGCAAACCCCCCUGGGAAGAGGAAGAGGACGAUGAGGAUGAUGAAGAUGAUAAUGAUGAAAACGAUAAUGCAGAGCGGGAGGCCCGGCUUCUGGACUGGGAAGAUAGAGGCUAUCAGGCAGAUGGAGAGGAAAUGGACAGGGCGCAAGAACGCAUCAGCUCUGUGGAGGAGGCCACCUGUUUUUCAGACAGCAGUACCAGCGAGGCUCACACAGAUUCUGUCAGAUCCGACUCCUGCGACGACAAUGCCUCCAUCGUGACGGUCAUCCGGCUGGUCAACGACGCAGUGGACAGCAUCGAAAAUGAAGCCGCCCCCCAUCUUCAUCGUGAGGAUCAAAUAUGCGUUGAAUAUGUCAAAGAAUAUUUUGUCAACUCUUACCACUGGGAGACGGCAGAGUGGCUUCCUGACACCUGCCUGCCAGGUUUGGAAUCCGAAGAGGCCCGAGACCUCUCUCCUACCCCUCCCCCUCCGCCUCUUCCUGCCCCUCCACCCCCCCUCACUCUCACCCCCAGUCGGCUGGGCGGCAGCGUCCGUUUCGGGGCCAGCGCGCGCCCCCUACAGACGGGCUACCCGCUGAGAAGGUAUGAAGGCCAGAGAGACUUCUACUCGUCACUGUCCCGGGACGAGUGUUCCUCCCCGGUGUAUGAGGAGUACCGAGACGACGAGGGCCAUUAUGACAGGCUUCCUGUCGCACGGCCCCCCUACAGGGGCUACAGCGAGGGUCGGGCCAGCCCGUCCUGCUACCACUCGGGCCACAACCAGCCUCCAUCACACCCCCCUCUGCUGGCCUGGGAAGAGAGGCCGCGGAUCUGGGAGGAUUCGCACCCCUUCGGCAGCCAGAAGGAAAUUAGCAGACUUUCAGACAGGCACUCACUGCGGGCCCGGCACCAGCGCGCUAACCAGAGCAGCCCAUUCAGGUCACUAUCAGCAAUGAGUCAGUAUGAACACUACUAG